AUGCGCUUGAAACAGAUACAUCCAAAGAAAGCUGUUAAAAGAUUAAAGCAAUAUAACAAAGAAAUGAUGUUAAAAGCAUUUGAUGCAGUUAAAAACAAUAAAACUCCAGUUGACAGAGCUGCAAGACUCUUUGAUGUGCCUGCACAAACUUUAAGAGACUGUGUUCUUGGGAAGGUUGGCAUCAAAUCUUCAUGGGGGAAAACAUCUCUUUUUACAUCAAAUGAAGAAGAAUCUCUUGUUAAUUAUUUGGAAGACCUGGCUAAAGUUGGCUACGGUUUAAAUCGGUCACAACUAAAUGUGUUAGCUACUGAAAUGGCUAUCAAACUUGGCAAGCUUAACCAGGGAAAAUCUCUGAGUGAUAAAUGGUACUAUGCCUUCCUAAAACGGUGGGAUCAUCGUCUUAAGGUAAUAAAACCAAGAGGAUUGACAUCAACUAGGGUAUCUGCACUCAGACAAGAAGUUGUAACAGCAUACUUUGCUGAUCUAAAUAUGGUAUUAACUGAAAAUUGUUUACAAUUUAAACCACAUCUCAUUUAUAAUUUGGAUGAAACUGGACUUCAGCCAGAACAUCGGCCAUCAAAAGUAAUAGCUGGCAAGUCUUCUGGAAAAAUUCAAGCGGUUACUUCUCCAAAUUCAUCAACAACUACACUGAUUGCAUGUAUCAAUGCUGCUGGUACUGCCUUACCUCCCUUCUAUGUAUUCAAAGGAAAGCUCAGAAACGAUGAAUUAUUGAAAGGUGCUGCACUCAACUCUGCAUAUGAAAUGUCAGAUUCUGAUAUUAUGAAAUGGGCAAUUGAACAUAAUGUUAUCCUUUUUGUUUUGCCACCUCGUGCCUCUCAUGCUCUACAGCCACUUGAUGUUGGUUGUUUUGCCCCAUUUAAAGCUUGUUAUUACAGCGAGUGCAACCUUUUUAUGGCAAAACAGCGUGGACAAAUUAUCACUAGGUAUGAAAUUGCUGCUUUGUCUGGUAAGGCUUACCUAAAAUCUAUGACCCCAAGCAACAUAAUUGCUGCAUUCAAAAAAUGUGGUAUUUUCCCAUUUGAUAGCAGUGUUGUUCCUGAAGAACUGUUGUUUCCGUCAAGGUCAUUUCCAAAGAAGAAGAUCUCUGAAGCAGAGGAGUCUUCUCCCACCAUGCAGGAACUAUUGUCACAGAAAAUGAUGGAUACAGCACCAAAAGUCAAGUCUCCUAAAGUGAGAUCUAAAAAGCCGAAACUUGGUGGAAAGUGCAUAACAUCAGCAGUGGUUCAAGAGGUUGAGGAGUACGAGCUCUCAAGAAAGAAGCCAUCCCAAUUCAGUGAGACGUUCAUGUGUUGA